AUCUUAAUCUUGUGAAACAAACGUAGUGCGCAUAAACAAUAUCCGGAAAAGUUUUAUAAAAUUCUAGAUACUAUUAGCAAUAGCGCAUGCGCAAUAACAUUUUCUGAAAUGUAGGGAUCUCAUUGAGCGAAUGGUUAAGUAUCAUUUAUUUCUUUCAAUGAAUUAUUUCUAUCACGUGUUUGUGAAAAAAAUUUCUUAUCACGACCUUGAAAUGACAACUACUCAUAGUUAAAUAGCCACUGCAUAGAAUUAGUAGGAGUGAUAUUAAUUUUUCAUUCUUCGAAAUGAUAAGUUCAGAAAAGGUAUAAAAAGGCACUGGUGCGCUAAAAUUGACAGGAGUGAUUUAAUUUAAAAUCGUUUCUGCCGAUUUAAUUUUUUCAUAUGGAAAAUGACUGCAGCGCCGAACACACGCACAAACAAACCUCCAGGCAUUGAGUUCGCAAUUGGAGGGUUAGCGGCAGUAGGCGCUGGAUUCUUCACAAAUCCAGUUGACGUAGUUAAAGUACGUCUACAGUUACAAGGAGAGUUAGAAGCACGAAACUCGUACAAAAAAAUAUACAAAAAUACCGUGCAUGCGGCUUAUCUGAUAGCAAAACAUGAGGGUAUACUUGCAUUACAAGCUGGUAUUGUACCCGCCCUGUAUUUUCAAGUGGUGCUCAAUGGAAUACGGUUAGGUAUUUAUAAUACAGCGAAAAAGUAUGAACUUAUUACUAACGAUAAAGGGAACACCGACGUUUUAAAGACUGUGAUAGUAACUGGAACAGCUGGAUGCAUAGGAGCUGUACUUGGUAGUCCUUUCUAUAUGGUAAAAACACAAUUACAAGCACAAUCAGCACAGUCCAUAGCUGUUGGACAUCAGCACAAUUAUUCUGGUACCUGGUAUGCGUUUAAAUCUUUGUGGAAAGAAGGUGGAUUCUUUGCUUUAUACCGCGGCUGGUAUGCCAACAUACCACGCGUUUUUGUUGGAUCUGCGACACAGUUGACUACAUUUGGAUUAACUGCGGAUUGGCUACGUUCUUUAGAAAUCUUUACAGAUCAGCCACUACUUUUAACAUUUUUGGCUUCCUUAAUCGGUGGAAGUUGUGUGGCUCUUACCAUGCAACCGUUUGAUGUUUUAGCAACCAGACUGUACAAUCAACGGACGGAUGCAGGCGGAAAAGGGUCGUUAUACAAUGGACUUCUGGACGCACUUAUUAAAAUAUCACGGACAGAAGGACUGACUGGUUUAUACAAAGGAAUUUUUCCAACAUGGAUGAGAAUAGCACCGCACACCGUGCUGUGUUUAGUCUUUUAUGAAAAAUUAGAUCAAUUAUACAACAGAUUUCGAAAUUGACAUUAAUAUAAAAUUUAUGAACGUUAAUGUUAAAUUUCGUUGUAUACAUAUUGUAUAAUAGUAAAAAAAUUUUGUAAUUUUAAAGUUAUAGUAUAAGUAUGAUAUAGCAAGAAAUAAUAAACUAAUUUCUUACACGGGCAGUGAUGUGCUUUGUGAUUUGAUCGUGACGAAUUUAGUAAUAUAAAAUUGCUUGCCGAUUAAGUUUAUGAUAGUUUUCAAAUCAAUAUAUUUAUGUUUUCCUUAAAAUUAGUCCUUCUGAGAUCCGAAAAUAUUCCAGCAUGGUCCAAAUACUUAACAAUUUACGCCGUACAAAACCUGAUAAAAAAAUGCAAUGAUACCAACAUUGCACGAUACCUUAAAAUGUUAGUUUAUGUCCUAAUUUUU